GUUGACUUGACAUUCAUUCACAUGAACCGCGCAAUCUUCGCAUAGACAUCCCUAUCCUGCACGCCGACAUCCAUCCCAUAGGUAUCCAUUUUCCUAGCUAGCUAUACAUCCAUCCAUCCAUACAGCAUGCCAUGCAUCCCUCUACUAUCCUUCACAUUACACUAACCGCCAUCUCUCCUCGUUGGCUUCAUUACCAGACCAGCCCGCCAGCCAGCCAGCCAGCAGUGCCAUAGCAGGUGUGAGAACGUUGUGUGUCGGUGGUCGACUGGCUGGCAAAAAUGAACGUUGCUCGGCUCGGCUCGCCUCGCCGCAUCUUGCCGGCUGCACAGGCGUCCGUCCGUCCCUCACACGGCUUUCUUGGUCGCAGUGAUCAUGCCGUACUGCAUCAGACCCUCCUUGAAGGCCUGCAUGGAACACACAUACACGCGCAAGCAACAGCCAUGAACGUAAUCAAUCAUACACGCGUGUGCUGCAGCAGGCAGGCUGUUACGUUACCUGAUGCAUUCUGUUGAGGCACCAGGCGUCACGCACGCACUUCCAAUAGAACCUGGCCAGCCAGAUUCACACGCAGAGAGAGACAUACGUUUGGUUGACGUGUGCAGGUGUAGGUGGUUGGUGGUGCUUGUACAGACUUCGGUUUGGUGAGCCAUGGGAGAGGGUCUUUGAUGCCCAGCCAGAUCUGGUGUCGCCAGCUGGGGAGCGUCUGCUGGGCCCAGUCGGCCGUCUCGAUGUUCUCCAUCACACCUGACACACAAGCAAUCGAUCAACAUACUGGUGGGAAGGCGUGGUGGGUUUGGUGGGUGUGUGGCUACUUACCUGUGUCUUGCAGCAUCUCGACAAACUGGGGCACUGAUGUGAAGAAGGGAUGGCUCCACUCUGCAGUGCAUUGCACCCCACUCACACACGCAAUGGAUGGAUGCGUUCACCACGCAUGCACACAUCCACAUACACACCGACCGGAGUAUAAGUAGUCGAGUCUUCUCCGUUCCCGCUUGGUGAACGGCUUGUCGGUGUCGUCACGUUGGCUCCAUACAGCCACCACCUACACAUACGUACACACAUAGAUAGAUGUACCACACACACACCAGCCAUAGUUGUCUGUCGACAUUGCCGGCUGGCUGCUGUGGUCACCGACCAGUCUGCCGCCUGGCUUGAGCACACGCGUCAUCUCCUGGAUCGCCCUGUGCACACACAGACAGACAGACACAGACAGACAGACAGAAGUGCCCCUCUGUAUGUGUGAGUGUGUGUCGAGUAGAGUUGGUUCACUUUUGUUUGUCGGGCAUGUGCUCUGUCGACUCGCAAACCCACACAAAGUCGAAGGUGUUGUCGGGGACAGUCAUCUUCAUGCCAUCCAUCACCUACAAACACAGACACACAGACAGACAGACACCCGGCAAGCCGCGUGUAAGCGAAGGCUUGUCCGCCUUCCCUCCCGACACACUCACCAUGAAUUUGCAGCUGUCAGACACGCCCUGCUCUGUGGCCAACUCAUUCGCACGGGCGAUCUGCUCACACACAUACACACACAUGCAGGACGAUCCCACCCCACACAGCCUUCUGUGUGCUGUCUGCUUACUUGGUUGGGCGAGAUGGCGAUGCCGAGUAUUCUUGAUUGUGGUCCGAAUGCCUUAGCGAGAAUCCGUGCAGUGCCGCCGAUGCCGCAGCCGAGGUCCAAUGUGUCCUUCGGAGGGUUGAAGACGUCAACCUUGGCGAACUCCAACAUCUUGAGGACGAAAUCGUCCUUGGCCUGGGUCAAAGACAAUCCGAUACAUGGGCGCCCCCACGUCACGUGUGAGGGUGCAUAGCAUGUGUGGGUGGCGUGUUUGCCUGUUUGAAGUCUUUUCGCCAUGAGCCCUUCCGCCUGUCUUCAUCAUCAUAGUACCUGAGAGGCAAGGCAAGCAGAGCAGCCGGCAUCAUUGCAAUUCAGCGGCAGGGUGGGUGAAUGUGUACGUGACGUGGUUUGACCUCACCCACCCGAGGUGGACGUGUUCGCCCCAGUAGUGUUCGAGUAUGCCUUCCUCUGUCCACGCAUCGUACUCGCGAGCCACAGACCCUUCCGCCCUCUGAUUUACAGCAGACAGACACACAUCGGCGUCUUCGUCGUGGAUGGAUGCGUCGGGGACCGUGCAUUCUCACGUCGUAUGGUCUGCUUGGCGUGUCCAGGACCUUCUUGACAGCCACACCAGCAGCCAGCGCCGCCACACCAGCGGCAACUGAACCCACCACAGCACAGCACACAUGUGACCCUCAAGAUUGAUUCAUUCAUCGGGUGGUGCUGCACUGCCUCACUGCCUGCCUCACCGCCCAUCCCAGCAGGUGUCUUUGAGAAAGUGGCUGCCUUCUCGGCCACCUUGACGGCCACCUUACUCGCAUCGCCAGCCACCUUGCUCGCACUCUCAGCGACCUUGGUGGCGGUCUCGGCCACCUUGGACAAAGUGGAUGCCUUCUCGGCCACCUUCACGACCUCGGUACCCGCACUCGCACUCUCGGCCACCUUUGUCGCGGUCUCAGCCACCUUCGCGGCACUCACCAUGCGCAACUGGCGUGCAUUUGGCCGGCGUCGUAUUGAUGGUGGUGCUGUAUCAAGGCCAUUACGUAAUCUUGGUGGCUGCAAACACGGCACGACAUUCAAGAUCCAUCGAUCAUAGAGGACUUGCAGGCGUCUGUGUGUCUGUGUGUCUGUGCAUCUGCAUACCUGUGCAGAGGAGGCGAUGAAGAGAGGGGAGUGUCGUGUAGAUCUGUGCAGAGAGGAGGACGCGCUGACGGUCCUCCAUGCUGCUAGAAGGGAGAGCGCUGCAGCCCAGCCAAGGCUUCCCAUUGUCGGUCUCCUCAUGAGUUUAUA